GAGAAGCGCCUAAUUGGCAAGUACUUUGACGAGAUCAGCCAGGACACGGGCAAGUACGUCUUUGGCGUGGACGACACGCUCAAGGCACUCGAGAUGGGCGCCGUGGAGACAUUGAUCGUGUGGGAGAACCUAGAUGUGAACCGAUACACGCUCAAGAACGCAGUAACGGGCGAGAUUGUGAUAAAGAACCUGAGCAAGGAGCAGGAGGCGGACCAGUCGCACUUCCGGGACGCGGAGACCGGGGCAGAGCUGGAGGUGCAGGAGAAGACGUCCCUCUUGGAGUGGUUUGCAGAGGGGUACAAGAAGUUCGGGUGCACGCUGGAGUUUGUGACCAACAAGAGCCAGGAGGGCUCGCAGUUCUGCCGCGGGUUCGGCGGGAUUGGCGGGAUCUUGAGGUACCAGCUGGAUAUGAGAACGUUCGACGAGGCGAGCGACGAUGACGCGGUGUACGAUGACGACUCGGAUUAGGGCGGGGGGAGAGAGUUGGGCACGGAGGGCGAGGGGGGCAUGGAGGGCAAGAAGGGCAAGGAGGGCAAGGGGGGCAAAAGAGAAGACGGUGAGGGACGGAGAGUAGGAACGGAAGGAGGAGUGGAAUGAGGGCUCUCUGAGGUGCCAGCUGGACAUGAGAACGUUCGAUGAGGCGAGCAUCGAUGACGCUGUCUAUGGAAGUGACUCGGAUUAGGGUGGGGCGAGGGGGAGGGUUAGAGGGCAGGGAGUGGGGAGGGUGGGGGAGGGGGGGAGGUGGAGUGGAAGGAGUGUAAAGAGGGCAGGAGGGGGCAUCCUGCAGUGUGAGCUGGACAUGAGGUUGGGGGGCAUCCUCGGAUGAGGCAAUUGGUUGGGUUGUGAUGCGCUGUAUGAUGACAGUUCAGCUUAGGUUAGGGAGGGAGAGAUGUGCGACGAGGGAUAGGAGGGUGGGGAGAUGGAGGUGAGGUGGGCAAGCAGCAUGAGAUGCUGAGCGUUGCGAUGCUUGGUACGCUGGUGCUGGAUGGUGAGCUGCGGUGGAGGCAGCUGCUGCUGCUGCUGCUGCUGGGUUGGUUUGGCUGCUGCUGGACGAUCUGCGGCUGCGGUGGAGGCAGCUGGGCUUGUGUGGCACCAGGGAGGUGGGAGAUGAAUAGUGCGAGGGAGGUGAGGAGGGCAGCAGGAGCGUGGUUGUGGUGUGGAGUGAGCGGGGCACCUGUGUGAUCGUGAGGCAUGACCGUCCGUGCUGGCAGCCGGUGCUGGCAUGGCAUGGCAUGGCUGUGUUGGUGGUUUACAUGCGGGAAGAUCACUCUUUGUGAUCUGCUUUCUUCAGUGGUCCCUCCGUCUCGCACCGCUGUGAUCCUCUGCUCAUAGUGUGUCAGACUAAGUUAGUGGUAGUGAUGUUAUGGUGGUGGGUAGAGCGACUGUGCAUUUUGGAAUGUGCUCCACCUGCACCUCUGCUCAGUGGUGGUGUGUGGAAUACAGGACGAGGCUCCUCCAGCCCAAUAUGGCAUGCUUGGCGUUUUCCUGGGGUGGGUGUCCUUGCCAGCUGCUGAACAAUAGUAUGUGGCUUCCUUCCAAAGCGACGACCAAGGCUCCCUUCAGGGUGCACGACAUGAAUGCAGUUCGUAUGAUCCUGAGUUAGUUCUGGACUGGUUAUAUUUUUGUAGGCUCCUUAUCCUGAACCGCGAGUCCCCAAGCAAGUGUAACUGCAUUGUCGUCCGAUUUGUUUCUCAUGAAUUUUGUUAG